ACGCAGCUGUUCUUCUAGAGACUGGGGUUGACAAUUGUAACAUUCUCCAUGUCUGCUGUGGAGGUGGGGGUGGGGGGAGGGGUUGGCGAGGAGCUGACUGGGAGAAGACCGGACAUACUGGACAGAAUCCUGUCCUGUAAACCUGUCAGACCUGUUAUUACCAGACUGAUGUGUGGCAGAAAUGCGUAUGGCAACGUUCCGUUCCAACACGCUCUCUGUCACCGUAACUAUGCAGCUGCUCUCAAACUACUGGAGUUGUCACCGAGUCGUUGCCGGGUGGUUUGCAACGGGGAGUAAAACCGGUUGCAGACCGGAAAAACGAGUUUCAGAGCCUGUUCAACCGGGCCAUACUGGAUCCGGGAUCGCUCGGCGUACCGCCACUUCAUUCCCUCCUGACAAGUUUCGGAGACGCGACCGACGUAACUUCCAUGAAGCUCCACAUCUCCGACUCCCGCAGAGCUACACCGCCCAGCAACUGCUCAAGCUGUUCCAGAAACGAUAUCCGUCCGUCUACAAGACGAGGAUUUUCAAAGCGGAAGAUGAGGAGGAGGGAGGGGAAGGGGACAGAAGUGACGAUGGUGACAGUGAGGAGGAACUACAGCAAGAAGGUGGAGUGAGGCUCCCUGGUGGCAGUACAAGACGAGGCAGAGGGUUGUCACAGGCCCUCGGUGGUCGCCGUCGGCAACAGUCAUUCUUCAACAGUUCGUCGUCCUCGAUGAUGACAUCACAGAAGGGCGUGGUCUAUUUCUCUGAUCUCGACCAGUUGAGAGCUGCCUUGAAAGAAAUGCAUAAUUAUAGACUUGUGACACGGACGUCGCGCAGUGGUGGUUUUGCAAGUCAGGUGACCUCCAUCUGUUAUUUGGACGUCCGGUUGGACGAUGACUUUGGCCAAUCUGACGAUGAUGACACUAGUCUUCUCCAUGGCAACCAGUCUCUGCUUACCCUCUCCCAUGGCAACAGCUUGAGAGACAGACAAAAGCCAGAC